AUGGUAGAAGCCAAACCUGUUACAACUCCCAUUGAUGAGUUUGCUACAUCUGAAGAAGAUGUGGAUAUGAAAGAUAUUCCUUAUCAAAGUGCUGUGGGGAGCCUCAUGUAUGCAAUGGGCACCAUUGACAUUGGUUUGAAGUACACUAGGUCAGACUACUCCAAGAUUGAAGUAGAAGGAUAUUGUGAUUCAAACUAUGCAGGUGACUUAACCAAAAGAAGAUCCCUAACAGGUUAUAUGUUCAUGAUUGGAGGAAAUCUGGUACAACAAUUUUAA